GAGGCCGCUCGUCUCUUCCUGCGCCGCGAUCCGGCGCUGCUCCGGCUGCUGGUUGGCGCGCGCGGCUGUAUGUCAGAGCGGCGGGCGCACGUUCGGUUGUCAUGCGGAAAAGCGGCGGGGCCGCUGUCGUUGUGUCGGAGGGGAGGCGGACGGUCGUCUCUCCCCGCGCCUCAGGUUUCCCUGGGUACUGGAAAAUACUGUUAGAGCACAAUGUCCCUCGACUUUGAUAGUGGGGCUCUGCAGACUCAGCAUGAAGAUGAAGACUAUGACCAAGAGGACUAUGCGAGAGAGCAAGAGUUGCAACAGCUGUUGACAGACCUUCCCCAUGAUAUGCUGGAUGACAGUGGAGACCAGCUCUCCAGCUAUUCGGACUCUAGCAUUCAUGAGACUGAGGAGCAGUCACAGGAAGCUCGAAAGCCUGAUGGAAGGUGGAAUGAUCAUCUAUUGAUAACUGAUGCUCAAAAUGGUUAUGAGCAAGGACAAAAUCUGUACCCUGACCAAUUCUUGUGUGACCAGCAAAAUGACCAUGUUGAAAAACAUGCCAAGAAUUGGAAUGGCUUGCAUAACAGCGAUCAGAUGAAACAUUUAUACGAUGUAAAAGAAGAUUACUCUGGACAGAACAGUCAAGAAGAUGCAGAUGAUGUCUAUCUUGAUAGAGAUGGAUUUAAUGCUCCAGGUUGCUACCAGCAGAGCAAUUUAUAUCAUCUUCCUGAGAACUUCAGACCAUACACUAAUGGCCAUAAUCCAGAAUUUAACAGUCAACAGAAUCAAAUACUAAACUUUCCCGAUGCUCCAAAGGAACAUCUUAAGCAGCCGUUUGUUACAUCUGAAGUUGUUAGUGGCCAGUCAGCAGAAUCUUACAAAGUGAUGUAUAAGCCUUACCAAAAUGACGUUCAUAAAAAAAUUCCAGUAACCCAAGAAGGAACGAGAAGAAACGAAGUGUAUGAAGAUUUGCAGCAUGAGUUCUCAGGCAAUGAAGAAAAUUCUUCAGAGAAUAUGCAGAUUCUUCAACUUAAAGCUCUAAAUAAAGCACGAGAGAGACGAGUGGAAGAACUUAAUGAAAAACUAGAAAAGAGUGCACAGCAGAUUAGGUAUCUGAGCCAUCAGCUUUCAAUGGUCACAGGUGAAAAGGAUGGUUUGGCUGUUAGUCUUCAUGAAUCUCAAAAACUCUAUCAGAAUGGAAAAGAACGGGAAGUGUAUCUUGAAGGCCAAAUAAAGGCGCUUGAAACUCAAAUUCAGACUCUUACUACCAAUGAGGAGCAGAUAUUGAAGCAAUCCAGGGUGGCAGAAGUAGCCAUGGAAAGCAUGCAGAAGCAGCUGUUAGAACUUCAGCGAUCAGACACUCUUCAGCGAGCCAGAGAACAGCACGAUGCUGUUGUUACAGCACUCAAGCAGAAGCAUGAGAAGCAAGUACUAUCAUUAGAGCAGAAACUUGAUACUACGAAAUCUGCACUACAGGAGCAGAAAGAGCUUUGCCAAAAUCUAGGAGAGCGUGUUAAGGAACUUGAAAAAAUGCUGGAAGAAACCAAAUGUGAAAAAACUGAAAUAAUAAAUCGAUUGACAAGAAGUCUUGAGGAAAGCCAGAAGCAGUGUGCAAACUUACUGCAAACAGGCUCCAUACAGGAGGCAAAUCAGUUACGGUUUCAGUUGCAACAAGCUCAGUCUGCGCACAUGAUAAGCAAUAACCUGAACAAGGCUUUGCAGGAUGAAUUAAUGGAACUGAAGGAAGAAAUAACUUUGUAUGAAUCUGCUGCCAAACUUGGAGUAUUUUUGAGUGAUGCAGGUGGAGAGCUGCAAGCGAACCUCAGUGAUUCCUGUGUAGAUUUGGGGAUUAAAAAAGUCACCAUGAAUAACUCAAGGUUCUGCAGUAUAAUACAGAACAGAGACAUGGAUAAAGAACUCUCUAAAGAUGAAAUUAUUGUAGAAUUAAAAGCUGAACUGGAACGCUUAUUGAGCAGUAAUAAAAUGAAGAGAAACCAGAUUACUCAAUUACAAAAUGAUCUUAAAGAUUGCCAGAAGAAAUUAGAAGAAUUCAAGCAGUUGUUGAAAGCAGAAAAAGCAUCAAAAGAUUUGGAGCCAGUGACAAAUCAAAACGAUGCUUUGGUGGCCAGUCUGUUAGAUUCUGAUAAUCUUAAGGAAGAAGUUUUGAGACUCAGAAAGGCAAAUGAAACUUUGCUUAGAGAAGUUCAGAGCCAUGCUUUGACUAUUGAAGAACUGAGAGAAAACGAGGAAAAACUGAAAAGCUCAAACCAGGAUCUCUGCUGUCAGAUGAGAAAGAUGGUCCAAGAAUUUGAUGAGGAUAAACAAGAAGCCAUUGACAGGUGUGAAAGAACAUAUCAGCAACACCAUGAGGAUACAAAAGCCCAGUUUGAGAAAGACAUGAUGCAGAGGUAUGCUGCAGAAAAGCAGCAGCUUAUUCAAAGUUAUGAAGAGACAGUCUCGCAGCUGAAGGCUACCAUAGAGGAGCUGAACAGAGAGAUGACCGCAGUGAAGGAAUGUUACAUAGCAGUGUGUGGUGAGAAGGACACCUUGGAAACUACUUUAAGACAAAUGUUUGCACGUGAGCAGCAGAUGAAAGAAGAUAAGCUCAAGAAACAGCUUUUAGAAGAAAAAGAAGAAUCACUCAGAAUUCUGAGAAGUGAGCUUGAGGAGAGAUACAGUAAUUCUAUUGCUGAAGCAAAGAGGCAGUGGCAGAAAGAAAAAGAAAUGCAGAUUGAGAAGGAAGUUGCAUUUGCCAAAGAGCACUGGGAAAAGGAAGAAAAAGAGAAGAAGGAAGAUGUCAUUGCGAAGAUAGAAAGAGAGUGGCAAAGUAGGCUGGAAGAAGUUAAAAAAACUGUGUUUGAAUGUAAGGACUGCAGCAGUCAAACAGAUAGAGUAACAUGUGUGAAUGAUGCUUCAACUGACGAGUUAGCAAGGAUUGUUGAGGAUCAGAAGCUGCAGAUCCAGAAGGCUCUGAAAGAAAAAAAGGCCUCUGAAGAGGCCUUAAAAGAACUUGAAAUAAAACUCGAAAGUAAAUACCGUAAACGUCUUGCCAGCCAGGUUGAGGCAGCUUUAACCCAAGCACGUGCCAGGUCGCUGCAGGAAUUAACAGACCUCAAAGAGUACAAGUUGGCUUUGGCUUUCUCUCCUGAUGAAGAAAAAUGGAAGAAUGAGCGUGAGAAUCCAGAGAAAUCUGGAUCAAUAGUUAGAGAACUUGAGGAAAAGGUAGUUUCUCUCAAGAAAGAAUUAGAGCUAAAGGAAGAAGAAAUCCCUGUGACUAUCAAAGCAGCAGUGGCGAAAGCCCGUGCUCAGUGGAACAAAGAAAAGCAAGAAGAAAUUGCACAAAUACAAGAGCAAAAUGAGAGAGACUACCGAUCAUUCUUAGAUGACCACAGAAACAAGAUUAAAGAGGUACUUGCAACAACAAAGGAGGAUUUUGCAAAGCAGGUGAAUGAUCUCUCUGCUCAGAAGGAGGCAGAAAUGAAGAUGUUACUGGACCAAAAGCAGCGAGACUGGGAGGCUCAGGAAACAAAAAGACUUCAGGAUGAAAUUAAUCGGUACGAGGAGAAGACUCUGCUUGAGCUUGAGUGUUUGUUGAGAGAAGUCCAUGAAGAGCUAGUUAAAAGCACCUAUAGUCAGCAUUCCUGGGAGGAGAGGAUUUCUGAUGCUCCUGUUGAGUUAAAUCAUCGUUGCAAGGACAAACUGAAGGCAUGCUUACAAAAGGCCUACAGAAGGACAGUUUACAAAAUUCUGGAAAAGCAUGAGCAAGAGAGGAAAGAGAAAAAUGAAAAGGUACUGAAUAAUGCAAAUAAAGAAGCCUGCUCCAGCAUGCAAGGAGGUGAUGGAGAAACUGGGAACAUAGCAAGAUCCCCUUUUUACAACAUUGGACAGCAAUCAGAAACACAAAGAAGGCUGAAGAGACGGCAUAAAAGUGGGACAGAUGGAGAUCAGCAAGGAGCAAGGAAGAACCUUUGGUCCCAGGAAGGGUUGUGCUGUAAACACUGCAGCCAGGAGCUGGAAAAGAAAGAGGCUGUGUGCCAGGACUUGAAAAGAGAGUUGGAGACUGCUCACAAACGUCUUCAUCUCUCUGUAAGGAAGCAGAGAGCAAUGUCAGAGCAGGUCCAAGAAAACGAGAAGCUUGUGGAAUCUCUAAUUGCAGAAAACACUGAGAUGAAGGCUAAACUGAAAGACAUGGGCACAUCUCCAAGGUUGCUAUCCAAGGGAAGUGUCUCAAAAGCCUGUUCAUCCUGUGGCUCUGUGAAAGGGCUGGAAGAAAUGCGUGCACAGUACAUUAAAUCUGUGAGCAAGAUAAAGAGUGAUAUGCUGUGUUACAUCCGUGAAAGUAAGGAGAGAGCUGCUGCAAUGAUUAAGUCAGAGGUUCUCAGAGAGCGCCAGGAGACAGCACGGAAAAUGCGGAAGUACUACUUGACAUGUCUUCAACAGCUUCUUACUGAUAAUGGGAAACAGGAAGGAGCUGAAAAGAAAAUAAUGAAUGCUGCCAGCAAGCUUGUUACAAUGGCUAAAGGACUUGAAACACCUCUUCGACACACAUUGCAGUGCAAAACUACCUGCUCAGCUCUACUGUUAAAUUCUGACCUGCCUACUGGAGUAGAAUUCUCAAAAAGAGAUUGCCUGUCUCAAACUAGGCCAAACAAUAUGAAAAGCAAAUCUUGUGGCAAAAAUACACCUGAAGAAGCUAAUGAUAAAGUUGUUCAGAAAUACAUACCACGUGACUUGAGACGACAAUUUGAUGCAAGACAAACUGAGGCACAACAUAUGCUUCAUGAAAAAGAUACUUCACAUAUUCAGAAUAGGAAUAUCUAUAAACAUCUUGUUAAUGCUGGAAGAGAUGGACUGUCAAAGAUUCUUCCAAAUGUAGAUGGAAGAGAAGAAAAAUACAGCCACGUCGUAAACGUAGACAAAGAACUCUUGUGUGCAACUAGUAAUUUUGCAAAUCCAAAUGUCCCUUCAUUUGUUUGUCAAGGACAGUUAGAAAAUGCAGAUGCAGCUAGACUUGAAAAUGGCCCUGCCAUCUCAGGGUCAGCUCAUCACAUGCUUAAGAGUAAAAAUGAAAGAACAACCUUGAAAGAUGAUAAAUGUGUCCUCUCACGUGGGACCUGGCAAACUGCAUAUGAAAGAAUUCAGGACUUUGAUUUUCCCAGAACUCCUGAGAGGGAUGAAGGAAGCUGCAGUGAAUGGAGUUCUGCGAGUGGAAGUUUGCAUCUGGGCGAUUCUGAUAAGUCUGCAGUGUAUCCUGAAGAAAAGCCCACUACCAAUGAACAGAGGCAGAGCGUGUGCUGUGAAGGACGUGAAAAUUUUGGUGGUACUUGGAAAGAACUCACGAAUGGCAAUGUCAAGAAUCUCAUAAAAAACAGCACUAUAGUUUACAGUAGAGACCAACUGAGGUCAAACUCAGAUCAUAUUUCAUCUCUUGGGUCUGACAAAUCAAAUUCUGCUAACACACAAACUAAUAUGCUGCCAGUCUGAAAUACAGAAAAAUGCUGCAACAAUACUUUGAAAAGAAUGGCAUGGGAUCCCCAGUCUCUUCAGCAAAGCUCUGAUUCUGAUAGCCCACUUAAAAUAAAAAAUAAAAUAAAAAAAAACCAACUUGAACCAAUAUCAGUGAUAACACUUUUUUUUCCCUUUCAAGUGAGUAUAAAUGUGAGUGUGAAGAAAGGAAAUGACCCUAUUUUACUGGGUCCGUUUCAUGACCAAUGUUACAGUUUAGACUGUUGCAUGAAGAAAUUCUGUGCAAUCACUUGAAAUAUUAACAUAGACUUUUUUGUUCACCUCUGUAACAGUGCUUUCAUAGCUGUUUAUAGUGUAUUAUGUACUUUUAUUAAAAAUAAUAUAUUUUUAUAUUAAAUUAAGUGUACAGUGUUUAUAUAAAACAAACCUACUGUUGCUUGUAGUAAUCAUUUGAAACGGUUAUGAAUAUUCCUUCAGAGCUCAAUGAGAGGUGUUGUUUGAAAUGAGUUUUUCAAUUGACCUAUUUUGAAGGACACCCUCUAGACCUGUGUAUGUCUUCAUAAUAAGUAUAAUUAUACUAUCAGAAAUGAAAUUUCAAGUACUUUUUUUUGAAUGCAGCAAAAAACUGAUUGUACUGGGCAGAGGAAGAUACAGAUGAAGGUAACCACAUGUUGCAGAUGUUCCUUAAAUAGCUACAAAUUUUAAAUGGAAGUGUUGUAAUUCUUUUCUUGAUGGUUUAAAAGCUUGGCUUUAGGAGCCUGUUUGAAUUUAAGAGCACCGUGAAAUGCAUUGUUUUUCUUGGGGUACAAUUUUAAUUUCUAGGGAUACUGUAACGAAAAACAAGCAUUACAUUGUUUGCUUUAUUGGCUUCAUUUGUGUUGCUUGCCUGGUGUAGUUAAUGCUUGUUGCAAAUAAUUGCUUGGUUUUUGGUCAGCAAUUCACAUCAAUAGUAAUACAGAACACAGUAAAAAAAAACAAAACAAGAUGGUCUACUUGGCCUGUCGUUAUUCUGUGAUGUCAGCAGCAGUAGAAAAGGGCUGAAUAUUUUCCUCAUUAGAGGUGUGUAUACAUUUCACGUGUAGCAGCGUUUAGCUGUUGUAAGAAUGCUCUUACUUGAUCUCUCACAGUCAAAGAGCACUGCCUAAUCUCAGAAUCUUGUCAGUGUUUGAGUGCGAGAUCCAGGAGGAACCUUAGGGAGAAAAACAUUUAGCUCCCUUUACAAAAAUGUGCUGCUUGUAUUUCAGGCCAGCUGGCCUGGAAUGGCAGAAUGCGUUAUGGUUCUUGGUCGGCAAGACUGUUUUGUGACUGGAGGCUUGGUCAGGUGGUCAAAUGAGAGCUCUAAAUUUCUUGGUGACCUUUAAUGUUGCCCAUAAAUGCAGCCCCACUUCCCCUUUGGUGAAGGAGGGGUUUGUCAUCGUCAGUGGGAGCGAAAUGAGGCCAUGAGAGAUGGCUUGUGCCUACACAAACAUGGGCUGUGGUUGUUUGAGGUCCAAAUUCCCAUCUCUAAGCUGAGGAAAUAACUGUGGCCUUGCGUGCAGGGUGAAAGUUUUUUCUGGUUGUCCUUUAAACCUAUGGGGAGGUUCUUUUUUCAAUACUGAGUGGCUUUUUUGGUUUGCUUAAACAUUUCCCCCAAAUAGCACAAGAUUUAUUAACAACAAAGAAACUCCUAAAAAAAACCAAAAUGCUUAAACUCUGCUUAAGUGGUGCUUGAACAGGUGUUUAAACCACUGUAUCAGAUUAACCCAUUCCUUGGGCUAGUCCAGAAACCUUUGCUGGAUGAAGAAAGUAUGCAUUUGCAAAAAAACCAUGCUCCUUGCUAACCUAAUGUUUGUUGUAUCCUUUGUUGCACUGACAGCUUCAGAGAGCUCUGAAUCUGCUGAGAUGUUUUUCCACAUAUAUAUAUAUAUA